AUGGUAUUGAUCAUGGUUGUUGGAAAUAAAAACAGUGACAAUAGUAAUCUUACUCUUCUUCUUCUUGCUCUUGACUUUUUUUCUGCUUCUCAUAAUGUUGAUCAUACUAUUCUCUUCAGGCUGUUAGAUAUUUUUUUUAAUGUUACUGAUUCUUGUGUAUCUUGGUUUUUUCUCAUCGUUCUCAUCAAAGGACGCCAGACGUUCGUGAAUGCUUGCGAUGUGUCAAGGAGAGGUCCAAAGUAUUUGUGCAGUGGUAGCGAUGAUGGCACUGUUAGAAUCUGGGACUCGAGGCGCAAGACGUCGAUCCUAACUUUCCAGAACACCUUCCAAGUCACGUCGGUCUGUUUCUCAGACACAUCCGAGCAGGUCAUCAGUGGCGGUAUUGAUAAUGAUCUAAAAGUUUGGGAUUUACGGAAGAAUGAUGUGGUAUACUCGAUGAAGGGUCACAUGGACACGGGAAACCAGCAUACAUUUGAAAAAAAUUUACUCCGCGUCUCGUGGAGCCCAGAUGGCACUAAGAUAGCAGCGGGAUCAGGGGAUAGGAUGGUCUACAUUUGGGAUACGACGACGAUAAGAAUACUAUACAAGUUUCCUGGACAUGGAAGAUCAGUUAAUGAAGUAGAUUUCCACCCAUUUGAGCCCAUAAUUUGCUCUGGAUCGAGUGACAAGCAGAUUUACUUGGGUGAAAUCGAGUAA